CAGCCAGCUAGCUGGAGAGCCCCUGAAGAGGAGAGGGAGGGACAGGGGAAUUCAGUUGGAAUCAGAGAGACAACCCAAUCUCAGCGGUCCCACAAGGGUGAGAGGCUACACUUUCUCUGCAUCGCCUGCCCCCACAAUCAAUAGGGCAAGAUGGCUCGGGACAUGUCAGAUAUUGACAUCAUGAAGAUGGAGCUGGAGCAGCUGAAGAAGGAGAUCAACACGCCGAGGGAGCCUGUGUCCAAGACUUGCAAGGAUAUUAUGGAAUUUUGUGAGUCCAAAGCUGGUACAGACCUCCUGAUAACAGGAGUGCCUGAUGAUAAGAACCCCUACAAGCCAGAGAAGGGAGGCUGUGUGAUCUCCUGACCAGGCCUUGGGACGGGCAGGCAAAGCAACGACGACAAAAGCUUAUUUGAUUUUUUUUGCUUUUUCGGUAAUGCAAUGAGAGCUACAUAUCUGUGAUGAGUUAGCCAGUGUGAAUACAGCACAGCACAUUUCCACUCACCAGUUUUGGACAACACUGCAUCACACAGACAUUUUCAAGGGGAUGAGAGGGACGGUUUGGUUACCAUGGUGUCCUUCCUCUCUCAACACCCAGUCACCCACAACCCCUCUCCACCUGUCAGUUGUCUCUGCCGGUUCUAGAGCUUCCAAACAGGCUCUGGAAUUCUCCCCACUUGGUUUGUUUUUGUUUCACUUGGAAAUAAAGUGCAUCUAGCGGCAGUGUUUUUUUUUUGACUUUCCUUCGUUCUCUCAGAGGGUUGUGCAUCACAUUUGAACAAGAGCAGAACUCCUGAUUCAAUCAAGUUGAUCAACUAAUUACAAACCCUAGUACCAGACUUACACAUCCUAUCCCAGAUCAGCAUGGGGAGGAAGGAUUUCUUUAGCCGUUAGGUCUGAAUGUUUUACAGAGUAAUGUCUUGCACAGUGUCAUGCUUGUUAACAUGAAGGGUCUGCUGUCCAUCUGCUGGAGCCAUUUAUCUGAUCUGAUUAAUUCAUUCCUUGAAUCCUAAUCUGCCUCUGGUCUAAUCAGGGUCAGGAUCAGCCUCUCAGCCCCCCGCCCCACACCCUGCACCCCCCACCCACAUACACACUUUCUUAUACAACACCAUCCUACAUAUGCACACAGAUCCACUCGUAGGUUCUCAGUGUAUAAAAAGCAUACUGUGAUAUCUA